AUGGAUUUCUUUAAUAUGUCCUCACUGGAUGGAGGAAUUGAAGCAGACAACAUCUCUUCUAAUGCAACCUCCCCGAGUCGGUACAGCCAGCUGGCCAUCUGGGGUCUGGCAGGACUGGUCAGUUUCAUCAUUCUCGUCACAAUAGUGGGGAACGUCUUGGUUGUUAUUGCAGUUUUAACAAGCCGAGCCCUUAAACCACCUCAAAAUUUAUUCCUCGUCUCCCUGGCCAGUGCAGACAUUUUGGUUGCCACUCUAGUGAUGCCCUUUUCACUGGCUAAUGAACUUAUGGGCUUUUGGUUUUUUGGCAAAAUUUGGUGUGACAUUUACCUAGCCCUGGAUGUUUUAUUCUGCACUUCGUCUAUUGUACAUCUUUGUGCCAUCAGUUUGGACCGGUAUUGGUCAGUUACACAGGCUGUAGAGUAUAAUUUAAAGAGGACCCCAAAAAGAGUGAAAUGUAUGAUUGUAGUGGUGUGGCUCAUCUCUGCAGUAAUAUCUUUUCCACCACUUAUUUCAAUGGACCGAAGCAGCACAGAUGAAAGUCAAUGCCAACUCAACGAUGAAACUUGGUACAUUCUCUACUCAAGCAUUGGGUCAUUCUUCGCCCCAUGUGUUAUUAUGAUCCUUGUUUACAUUCGAAUUUACCAAGUGGCCAAGACGAGAACUCGAACAAUGUCAGAAAAGAAAAGAGACGUUGAUGCCACACAGGAAAAUGGGAUGGAUCAAUUAGAGGGAAAAGGCGGGUCUAUAAAGUCCAGCAGGGGCGGGAGCACUAAGGAACGAGAGAAUGGACACUGCCAGGACCAACCAGUGGAAUCACCUCUCCAAAACCAGGACAAGAACCAACAUGCAAACCACGAUGACGACUAUGAAGACAGCAGCUCAUCUGAUGAAAAGCCCAAAAAGAAUUCCUCCAAGCAUCACCAUGAUGACAAACGUGAUCGGAAGUCCAGCCGGAAAAGCAGCACCACCUCUAAGUACUCCAGCAGGAAGUCCCGUGCCAGUUCCAAAUCCAUAGAUUUGUUUUCUUCUCGCCGGAAGAGACGGAGCACAGUUAAUCGGAAGAAAGCAUCUGCGGCCCGGGAGAAGAGGUUCACUUUUGUCCUAGCUGUGGUUAUGGGCGUGUUUGUGGUCUGCUGGUUUCCAUUUUUCUUCUCCUACAGUCUCUAUGGGAUAUGUCGUAAACCAUGCGAAAUUCCAGAGACCCUUUUUAAGUUCUUUUUCUGGAUUGGGUACUGCAACAGCUCACUAAACCCAGUCAUCUACACCAUUUUCAACCAGGACUUCCGUAGAGCUUUCCAAAAGAUCCUAUGUAAGUCAUGGAAGCGAUCAUUCUGA